UGUCUAUUACACUAUAAUGUUUUCAUCUCGUCGUUUACUACAUUAUUGGUGCAAAAUCCACAUAUCGACCUCAGAUUUAAGAUUUUAUAAUGGCAGAAAGUGAGGACAAGUUCUACUAUACAUACAGUUGUGAUCUAAGUGCUAAUGUGCAGAUUAAAAUUGGAACACUAGAGGGAAAGAGAGAGAGGCCAAGUUACAGAGAUUUACUGGCAGAUCCUCAGUUGAGAUUCUCUGGUCUGUAUGAAGAAAAGUGUGCUGACCUCUAUGUGACCUGCCAGGUCUUUGCAGAUGGGAAACCUUUGAUAUUGCCAAGAAGGACGUCUUACAGGGCCUUUACUACCAGAUGGAACUGGAACGAAUGGCUAACCCUUCCACUCAAGUUCAGUGACCUUCCAAGAAAUGCACAGGCUGCUUUGACUAUCUGGGAUGUGUAUGGCCCAGACGACGCAAGACCAGUAGGAGGAACCACUGUCAGUCUCUUUGGUAAACAUGGGACAUUCCGCAAUGGCAUGCAGGACCUGAAGGUAUGGCCAGGGGUCGAAGGUGACGGUCGAGGUCAAACCAAGACACCAGGCAAGCUAGCAGACAGCAAUGACACCAUGGCCAGACUGGCUAAACUGACCAAGAAGCAUCGUAAGGGUCAUAUGCUGAAGGUGGACUGGCUUGAUAGACUGACCUUCAGGGAGAUUGAGAUGAUCAAUGAGAAGGAAAAGCGAGACUCAAACUUCAUGUACCUGAUGGUGGAAUUUCCCAGAAUUCAUUACAAUGACAUUGAGUUUGCUGUCGUUUAUUAUGAGAAGGAUGCAGAGGAGACGAUAUGCACCAGAAACUAUGCUGAGAUUGUUUCUGUCCCGGACCCAGAGAUGUUAAUGGAAAACCUUGUUGAGAGCAAACAUCAUACCCUAGCUAGAAGUGAAAGAAGUGGACUGUCAGACAAAGAUCUCAAACCUAAUGCUUCCACCAGAGAUCAACUCAAUAACAUUGUUGGUUAUGGUCCUACCAAGCCCUUAACCUAUGAGGAGCAGGACGUGGUGUGGAGAUUCAGAUACUAUCUUAACAGCCAGGGGAAUGCCCUUACAAAGUUCCUUCGUUGUGUCAAAUGGGAUGUACCUCAUGAGGAGAAACAGGCCUUGGAGUUACUCCGGAGCUGGGCUCCUAUUGAUGUGGCCGAUGCACUGGAGCUUCUCUCCCCUCAAUUCAGACAUAGAGCUGUGAGGAGGUUUGCAGUCUCCAGGCUCAGACAGGCCAUUGAUGAGGAGUUGAUGUUGUACCUUCUCCAACUGGUCCAGGCCUUACGUUAUGAAGACUUUAAUGAGAUCAAAGCUGGACUAGAAGCUGCCUCGGCUAGACCAAGAAGCGAGUCUCACGUCUCUCAGGACUAUCAUGUGGAUAGAGACAGGAGUUCAAGUCAGAACACGAUUCCCCACCCCCUAGCAGAAACACCGGAGUCCCCCACCCCUCCAGUCACACCUAGGGAUCAGGAGCAAGGCAAGGAUGUAACAGAAGAGUGUAAUUUAGCAACAUUCCUGAUAGAGCGAGCAUGCUGUAACUACACCUUAGCUAACUAUCUCUACUGGUAUCUACUGGUAGAGAGUGAUGAACAAGAUACAAUCUCCAAGGAUUCACGCAUCAUUGAAAUGUACAAGACCGUUCUCAAAUGCUUCAGUCAGUCGCUAAGCAAGGGAGGAAAGGAUUGUGUUCACUAUCGGUCACUCCUAGUCAGACAACACACACUCACCAAUCACAUUCUUAAUAUCAUGAGACUGGUAGCUAAAGAGAAUGGUAACAGAAAGAAAAAGAUUGAGCGGUUACAGGCACUACUUGGUGAAAACGAUCAACAGUCAGUCAACUUCACAAGCUUUGACCCUUUACCCUUGCCUCUUCAUCCAGAGGUCAAGGUUUUGGGUGUGGUUGCGGAGAAGGCAUCCAUGUUUAAGAGCUCCCUCAUGCCUAUCAAGCUCACAUUCAAGACGACGGAUCAUGAGGAGUAUGUAGCUAUCUGUAAGAAUGGAGAUGAUUUAAGACAGGACCAACUCAUUCUUCAGAUCAUCACACUUAUGGAUCAGUUGCUGAGGCAAGAGAAUUUGGAUCUGAAGCUAACUCCAUACCGAGUUCUAGCUACAAGCAGCAAGAAUGGGUUUGUUCAGUUCGUUGACUCUGUAGCUGUGGCUGAUGUGCUCUCUCAAGAGGGAAACAUUCAGAAUUUCUUCAGAAAGCAUGCACCAAGCGAGGCAGCCCCAUAUGGCAUCAGCCCUGAUGUGAUGGAUACCUACGUUAAAAGCUGUGCCGGUUACUGCGUCAUCACUUACCUUCUAGGGGUCGGAGAUCGUCACCUUGACAACCUCCUCCUCACAAAGUGUGGCAAGCUCUUCCAUGUAGACUUUGGGUACAUCCUAGGGCGUGACCCCAAGCCUCUACCCCCACCCAUGAAGAUGAGUAAGGAGAUGGUGGAGGGCAUGGGAGGGGCGCAAGGAGAGCUCUACCAGGACUUCAGGAAGAUCUGUUACACAUCAUUCCUGCAUCUUAGAAGACAUUCCAAUCUGAUCUUGAACCUGUUUUCCCUGAUGGUGGAUGCUAGCGUGCCUGAUAUUGCAUUAGAACCAGACAAGACAGUUAAAAAGCUCCAGGACAAGUUUCGUCUAGACCUAACUGAUGAGGAGGCUGUUCAUUACAUGCAGACGUUGAUUGAUGAGAGUGUGGGGGCAGUGUUCGCAGCUGUCGUUGAACAAAUACAUAAAUUUGCGCAGUACUGGAGGAAAUAACCAACUCUGAAAUGCAUCUCAUGAUGAAAUCAAGAUGAUCUUUGACAGUGGACACCAUUGUUAGGAGUGAUGCUUCUGCGUUGCCUAUCUGAACCAUAUUUAAGAAGGAGCCUAGGCAUCAUUUCAUGAAACCGUCUUAAGUACAAGUUCACCAACAUCCCAUUGAAACGUGUGUUAAAAUUUAAUACACAUGUUUCAAUGGGAUGUCGGUUAUAUUGUACUUGUCGGUUGGGUGAAAUGCUGCCCUGAUCUGAAAUAUUUCCAUGUUCCAAGUCUAGAUGUCAAUGCAAUCUUCUGUUAAGGGCCUUCAUGUAGUUCAGUGUGUACCAUAAAUCUCUGUGUAUAAGGCGCACCCCUAUUUUUGAGAUUUAAACAAAAAACAAAAAAAAAAAAAUUUGUUUUCCUUUUGCGUUUGCUUUUUUGCCGACACCAACUCAAUGGUCCCUUAUUUCAGCGUGCGGUCCCGUUCGGAAACCAAAGCCAUGAUGCAGGGAAUUAGGAAUAGAAUAGUAAAUGUUGUUUUUAAAACUAAAGAUGACAGAAAAAUUUUCCUCCCGAGUCCAAAUCGAAAUUUAGACAGGCUAGUUUUUGAGUGGUGAUUCGAUAUACCCCGUGUUAGUGAGCUGCAUGAUACAGGUGAGUGAGCUGGAGACACAGGGGAGCUUUGGCCAGCAAAGUGCUUUGUGAAGGGGCAUAAUUUAUCGAGACUGAAAAAAAAAAAAAAAAAAAAAAAACUCUCUUCCCUUCAAAUUAAGAACGCAAUUUAACUUAAAUAGUAGAUCCUAUUCUUUAUUUGCAUUAUGUAAUUCAUGUUGAGACACAGAGAUUUUCGGAAACCACUAAAAAGUAGCAUUUUGAGAACUCAAAAUAUCCUGUACCUGUGUAUUAGGCGCACCCCCGACUUUCGAUUUUUCCCCGACGGAAAAAAAGUGAGCCUUAUAAACGGACAUUUACGGUACUAUAAGUUUAUAAAUGACAGGGAAUUUUUUUUAAUUUAUCCUUGUCAUCAGAUUCACAAGGAUUCAUAUAGAUAAAAAAUUCAAGUCUUUGCAUCCAAAGAAUUCCCUAGGCUUCUGUUACUUUCCUAGGUUUAGUGAGGCAAUCAAAGCCUUGAUUAGAUUUAGAGAAAAAAGUGAGUUGAAUGUGAAAGUAAAAGGUCACUGUAUUAUCUUCCUUUUGUUCUAUAACUGCAGCUUACUCAAAAUAUUUUAUUUGUAAUGUUCAUCAUGCGUUUCCAUAUGCAACUCUUUCACGAUCAGAAAAUGUUUAAACCAAUGUCCGCAGACCCUUCCCCUUUUGCUCAACCAUUCUACACACACACUACACACAUGGCCUCAUCCCCAACCACUCCAUUCAGUCAACACCUCCCAUAAUACCCUGCAGUAUAACAAAAUGUGUCUACCAGGAAUGCCAAUUUUAGGCAAUUGCCUGAAUUCAGGCCGUGGCAAAUUAUUUUCAGACCAUAGUUUAGGCUUUUUUGUGUACAAAAUAGCUCAUUCUAGAUGUUGUGACUGAGCAAAUGUUUUCUGGUUACCUGUUACUGUGGGGACAUAUGCGAAAAUGAGCCUCAAUGAUGUACAAGUCAUUGGUGCUGGUUAAAGUUGAUGAUUAAUGGCUGAGUACAAUCACAACAUGAGAAUUAUGAAAGACAAACAUUUUGAGACAGGGGUCAUUUUGAAACAUCGCACACUUAUUUUAUUCACAAGUCAAUAAUAUCACAAGUUGGUAGACAAUUGACCAUUUGAAAAGUGAAAAUCAACGAGAAAUGCAUAUUGAAGGAAGCUUGACAUUACACCAAGGCCCAACCUUAAAAGUAUUGUGGUUCAUUGAUCUAGGCCCCAUUCCAUAUAUUUUUUUUUUAUCGAUAACAAGUGUCAUAUUUCUUUAACAAAUUUUCUCACAGCCAAUGAAAUGCAACGAUUGCACUAGCUUGUAACAGUUUUUGUAACUCGUUAUUUCUAUCAAGUUUCAUGAAAAGGUCAUCAUUAAAUCAAUUACAAAUCUUGUUACUUGGAUCAACUAUAACUCUUGAAAUUGAGCCCUGGCAUUCACAUUCCUGAAUUACUCAAUGGAAGCUGACAUACUGGACAUAAUUGCACAUGUAUUAAAAACAUAACUUCAUAUAAAGUCAUUUGGAAUGUACCAUGAAAACAAAACAUGUAUAUCAUAUAAAUGUAUCUAAUGAGAUUUAUCAAUGAAUUGUAAAACAUUUUCAUGCCUGAGAC